ACUACGUAGUUAGUUCGUGCCGKGAAGAAGGCUUGUAAACAUUUGCUAUUCAUCAAAAAAUACAAAACUCUGAAAGAAAGAACACUUAAAACCAAGUGAAAUUCAAGGUUUUGCCAAACAUGAGGCGGACAAAAGCCGUAAAAGCAACAUUUCUGGCAUUUUUUGCGGUGGUUUUGUCUUUUUGGCUUACAAGCGCAGAGAGUCCUACGUAUAAAUGUCCUGAAGGACAGUUUAUGUGUAAAAACCAAARAUGCAUUGUGGGCAGAUGGAAAUGUGAUGGUGAAAAUGAUUGUGGGGACAAUUCAGAUGAAGAUGCUUGUGCACCAAAAACCUGCAGGCCAGAYGACCAGUUUCGGUGUGGUAAUGGUAAAUGUAUUCCUAAGACUUGGCUUUGUGAUGAGGAAGAUGAUUGYAAAGAUGGAAAAAGAUCUGAUGAGCAAAACUGUGGUAAUGUAACCUGUGCCCCCAGUGCGUUCAAGUGUAAUAAUGGCAAGUGUAUUGCUAAUCACUGGAAGUGUGACGGCAAUGAUGACUGUGAGGAUAACUCAGAUGAAGAUACAUCAAUGUGUAGUAAAGUUCCAGCUCGUACUUGUGCAUCAGACCAGUUUACAUGUAGUAAUGGYCAUUGUGUGUCAAAGAGAUGGGUAUGUGAUAGAGAGGAUGACUGUGGAGACAAGAGUGAUGAACUGCAAAGUGAAUGCAAUUCCAAGACAUGUGCAAGURAUGAAUAUCGAUGUAACGGCAAAAACCACAAAUGUAUACGAAAUGAAUGGAAAUGUGAUGGUGAUAACGACUGUCCACUGGCUGAUGAUGAGGAWGGGUGUCCAACAACUCCAUMUGUUCCAAKCAUUAGAAUUUGUUCAGUUGGUAUGUUCAUGUGUAAGAACAAAGAGUGUAUCCUUGGAAAGUGGAAAUGUGAUGGUGAAUCUGAUUGCUCUGAUGGCAGUGAUGAGACUAAUUGUCCUAAAUCCAACUGCAGCAAUGGACACUUUGCAUGUGCAAGAGGAGGGUGCAUCCCAGCUAAUGAGAGAUGUGAUGGCAGCCCUAACUGUGCCGAUGGCUCUGAUGAAGUUAACUGUAUGACCCCACCGCCAUGCACAGAGGAUGAAUUCAAGUGUGGCUCCACAUCUGUGUGUAUUUCUAACACUAAGUUAUGUGAUGGUAAAAAUGAUUGUCCCAACAAUGAAGAUGAAUCCAUGAGAUGUAGUAUAAAUGAAUGUCUUGAUCACAAUGGCCAUUGUCAACAUACUUGUAAUGAUCUGCCUAUUGGAUAUAACUGUAGCUGCAAUCCAGGAUAUACCAUCUCUGCUGACAGUGCRCGUUUAUGUGAAGAUGUUGAUGAGUGCCUAGUUUAUGGUCAGUGCAGUCAGAYAUGCAUCAACUUCAAGGGUGGUUAUAAAUGUACUUGUAAACAGGGCUAUAUAAUGGAACCAGAUCACAAGACUUGUAGAGCUGUAGAUCCAGCACCAUACCUAUUGUUUUCAUCUCAAACCAGUGUACGCAAGAUGACAGUUAAUGGUUAUUCUUAUAACAGCAUCGURACURRWCGAAAAGGUGCAGUCGGCAUUGACUUUGACCUUAAAACUAACAAAGUGUUCUGGACUGAUCCAAAAUCCAGGAAAAUCCACAAGGCCAACCUUGAUGGAACAGGAAAUAUCCAGGAUAUCAUUGGUGAUGUUAGAGUACCAGAUGCCAUUGCUGUUGAUUGGGUUGGACGUAAGAUUUACUGGACAGAUGGUGAUUUAAAUAUGGUUGAAGUAGCAGAAUUAGAUGGUACCAACAGAAUGGCUUUAUAUACUGAUGGUUUGGAUGAACCAAGGGCAAUCGCUGUGGACCCAUCAACAGGAUACAUCUACUGGUCAGAUUGGGGCUAUUACCCACGCAUUGAGCGAGGUGCUAUGGAUGGCACCAGUGSUGCACGUCGUGUGCUUGUGAACAGUAAUCUUGGAUGGGUAAAUGGGAUGACUAUUGAUUACACCAUUGACCGUUUAUACUGGGUUGAUGCAAGGCURAGAAAGAUAGAGACAAUCAAACUAGAUGGCACUGAUAGACGAUUGAUUGCAUUAACCCCUAAUGAGCAUCCCUUUGCAGUAACUGUAUUUGAGAACUAUCUGUACUAUUCUGAUUGGACGAGGAAUGAUCGAGCUAUUAGGAAAGUGAAUAAGUUUACUGGUAAAGAUCGAUCAGUUGUGAAGACAUUAAUGUGGACUCAUAUGGAUAUCAAGGCUGUCCAUCCUCACCGRCAGUCCAAUGUAACCAGCUCAAGAGCUAAUGCCUGUAUUGUUAACAAUGGAGGKUGUAGCCACCUUUGUCUGCUAGCUGUUGCACCAAAACUUGCAACAUGUCGAUGUCCUAAUGGUAUGAAUAUGUCAUCCAAUGGUAAAACAUGUAAUGGUAAACCAUUUACUGGACAGCCAACACCAGCACCUACAUCUUCAUCAACAAGAGGACCAGUAUCAGUACCAUCUGGACAAAGUACCACAGCAUCUUCCAAAACAUCCAAAACCAAACCAAACAAUGUUGCAAAACCAACAAAAUCUUCAACAAGUGAUGAAGUUCAUAAUGGAGGAAAAAAUCCAAGAACAACAAAACCAACAACAAAUAGUGGAAAUGCUGUUGUGGCCAAGCAAAAAAGUUCUUCAAGUGACAGUGGYCCAAACCUUAAACUUAUUAUUCCUAUUGUACUUGCCAUUUUACUAAUACUAAUACUAGCAGCUGUCGGCUACUGGUUCUGGAGGACGCGUUACAGGUAUAAGCCAAGUAUAAGUUAUUACAAAGACAUGUCUACAAAGCCACUGGAAGAAGACUUUGAUGACAAUGAAACUACUAAAGUAUUUGAUGAUGGAGGACCAAGGUGUAAGGUUGAAUUUGCUUAGGUCUUAUAGAUUAUUGAUAAUAUUAUUAGAGUAUAAUAGUAUUUAAGGUAACCAUAUUGUCUAUUGUACUUAAUAGGUACAGUACACAAAAACAAGGUGUACAAAUUUACCAUUUUUUGAAAUUCAAAUGUGAUCUUGUGCAUGACAAGCUACCUUAGAGUUUCUUUUGCAUGCUAUAGACAUUAAUUUAAUUUAAGCUGUGAAAGAAGAACCAGGCAUUCUAGACAAUCUAUCAAUGUCAUUUCAAAUAGACAGGAAUUUUCCUGGGAAUGAAUCUCCAUCUUGAGGGAAAACAAUGGAUUCUCAAACCAYUUGUCCCUAUAGACCUAAUCGGCUAACGGCGUWGCUAUGUGCGUUGCCACCCAAUUCAAAUCCUGUKRGAAAAAGAGCUUUUGUUUCUAAGAAUUCAACUGUGGAAUGAAAAUACAACGAACAAUGAAACUUUCUCCCAGSUGGUUUGAAUUGGGUUKAAGCCGAUUCGGUCUAUAGAAGUUGUUUGGAUGUCACAUGCAAAGAGUCUAUUAUAGCUAUUUUAAUGCUUGGAGAGAGAUUUGCACCUCCUAUACCUCCACCCAAGAUCAUUCUCCUAGGGGCURCUUCUUAUUUUCACUUACUUCAGCUAUUAAUAGAAUCUGUUUUAAACGUGAAAAAUAUUAUUGUGCAGUGUAAAUCAAACAUUUUUUCAGCUGAAGUUUGAAUAUUUUGUGUAUGCCUCUACAGCGAAACCUCUAUUUUAUGGUCACAAGAGAYCACAAGUUUCUGAAAUAUUUUCURAUAAAGGUUUUGCUGUAGUUUAAUGGCACUGCAGUCGUGCUGUGAUGAGUUAAGUUUUGUAUUAUUUAUUCUAGAGCAGGCUCAGAGUGAUGUAAAUACAAGUGACGUGUGUAUGUGCAGGMCACAUGCCUAAAUUAAUGAAGUGCUGCUUAAAAGCUUGCUUAGGGUAAUUGUAACUAAUGUCAAAACAAUGUAUAUUCUCUGGAAACCUAGUAAGAACUAUUUGACCUGAAUGGUAGCACAUACACUGCUUUCUAAUUGGAGAUAAUUUAAGACUGUUCUAUAAGAAAUAAAUUAGGAAAAAUGAGAGAAGAGCCAUAAUUUAAGACUGUUUUAUAAGAAAUAAAUUAGGAAAAAUGAGAGAAGAGCCACAGACUAAUUUUCUUGAUUGAAUUGUAGGCUUAUUUAUUUAUAACCAUUAGAAUCCAAUGUUCAACAGGUCAAGCUAAUAAUAAAUAUAAUAAUGGCACAAAAAUAAUUAUUUAAUGACAAAAAAUGAAAAAUAUCAUCAAAAGUGAAAACAAGAAUAAAAAAGAAAUAUUCAAGUGUCAUGAUUAUAAACUAAGAUAAUAUUUUAGGUACAUUAUAUAUAAUAUGAUAAUUAAUUUUUGACAUUGGUUAGAAUUGCAUUGCUAUAGUCGAUAAAUAUAUUUAAUAGCGCAGUAUUUUGUACUAAAAUGCUUUAUAAAUUUAAUGCCAUUACAUUCUGGUUAAUGUAAAAAAAAUAUUUUGAAAUCUAGUUUUUUAAAUGCAGUAAAGUAAUGCCUGCUUCUGAAGCUUUUUGCUAUAAAAUGCAUUAGAAAUAAAUAUAUAUCCAAAMUUGAUAUUUAUCAUGGAUUUUCAUUUUUUGUGCGAGAUAUUUAUCAAUUAAUAUAAGUUUAUAACAGGACAUGUUAUUAAGUUGACUUGAAUUAAUUUUCUUUUUGUUAGUAAUGAAUAUUAUGGUAUUGAUGAUAAUAUUUUCAUCAUUAAUGAGAUUAAUAUUAUUAAURGUUAAUUUUCAUUGUUGAUAUGAUUAAUAUUAUCAUCAUUUGUUUGAUUAAUCAUUGACUUAUCAUUAUUGCUAAUAGUGAUUAUACAUGUAAUCUAUGACAUGAUUUCCAGUGAUCAACAGUAUAUCAUAAUUGAUAUGAUUAAUAGAUGAAUCAUAAUAUAUCAAUCAAUUGGAAGAAUUACAUUCUUCUAUCCAUUAUAAUUGAAAUGAUUCCUACUGAGUGAUGAUCAUUUCAAUAUGGUUAUUAGUUAUUUACAGCAUGAAAUGCCAAAACUGUAGUCAUCAAACAACUUGCAAAUGAGAUAGAAAGAUAGUGAGGAUUUUCUUUUUAGUUAGUGUCCCACAGCCAUGUUAAUGGAGUAUUGAGAAAGGAUUUCACUUUAGCAUUUAURGUUGAAACUACCAGCAACCAAACCAGUAAUAAAGAAUAUUCAGSUGGCCAYAGUUUAGYAUGUCUUGCUGUAAAUAACAAAGUCUAGGGUAAUUCUAUGAACCAGACCUAUAAUUUAUUGGCCAGUAAGUUGUAAAAGUAUUGUGCCCUAUGACUGAGAUAAGGAUUGAGUGUAAGACGUCUGGUCCUAGCCAGAAAAAAMCCUAAAGAGAUGUGCACUAUGCAUACUCAAUGUAUAUAUAUAUGUGUUUAAAUGAUUAUUUCUCUAAUUUGUAACUAUAUUAUUGAGUUAAGAAUAAUAUUAUUAAGAUAUUGUAGCUAUUACAUAACUAAUGUUAUUAUGUUGGGUUAAUUAAUGUUUGACUGUAUUUUGAAUGCACCUGUUCCAGUAAUGAUGAAGAUCUAGGAUCUGAAUAUAGACCUGCGUGCCUGGGGAAUGUUUUCCCAUUUAUCCCCUUACRAAUAUAAUGUGUUGUUUUUCAUCAGUUUUGARAGAAAACAUGAACAAUACAGAUGUCAGUAAAAUACAGAAUUUCAUUUUCAAGAGGAGGAUUAGCAUAAUUGCUCUAAGCCUUUCUUUGUUUCAACAUACAAGAGUAAAGCUCACAGUCCUGGAUAGUAYAUUUGCUAUUUCUAUGCACUCAGAUAUAUAUUUAAAAGAUGUGAGAAAAGAACACAAAGAGAAGGAACUGUUGGUGUUGGCAAUCAUCCAGUAGCACAAACAUUGCUACUUACCAAUAACUGACAAACCUUUAUACCAUUACUGGAACAUUAUUUACAUGCGACUUUGUAUCAGGCAAGACACAAGUUCUCUGACUUGUGUAUUUCUGAAUUGAAAUGACAUAAAUAGAAAAUUGUAUUUGAGAUACUCUUGUCUUGAUUGUAGCAAAGUAAAGCAAUGUUGGUCUUAAACUAUGUUAUGACUUUGUCAGAAAAUGCCAGCUUAAAUUUGAUGUGUGUAUUUACCCAUAAUCCCCCGCAGUCUCUGACAUAUGGUCUUGACRGGGCCAUUCUGUGUUGUGCAUGUUUUGUAUAUAUAAUAUAAUACUAUUAUACCAUUUGUAAUGAUUGCUAAAAAAUGACUUAAAACAAUUAAAACUAAAUAAAGUUAAAUGAAUAAGAA